CUGAGCGGAGGAGGGGCCUUGGAGAGAAGUUUGUGUAAGGAGAAACCUGCCGCAUUUUUUCAUGUAGCGCCUCAACAAGUUGAAGCACUGAGUCGGAUCAAGGUAGAGCUGCUUGGACCAAACAGCCUGUUAUGGACAUCCCUGCCAUAAAUCUAAAGGCCAUAGUACUGGUGCACUGGCUGCUUACAGUAUGGGGAUGCAUGGCGUGGCUGCCCUCCUCCUUCGCUUGGGGGAACUUCUGUGUGUUAGCUGUCGGGGUCUGGGCAAUUGCACAGAGGGACUCGAUUGAUGCUGUGCUCAUGUUUCUGAUGGGGAUGAUUGUGACAAUAUUGACUGACAUCAUCCAUUUUGGGAUCUAUUACCCGCUGAGCGACUUUGCAGCAGAAAGGGGACGGGACGUGUUUCGCUUCAGUGCAGGAAUGGCCAUCCUCAGCCUGCUGCUCAAACCCGUGUCCUGCUUCUUUGUUUACCAAAUGUACCGCGAGCGUGGAGGAGAUUACAACGUCAACUUUGGUUUCCCGUCCGUAUCACGAAACAGAGACGCCUACCAGUCCAUUGACCAGCAGGAUGAGUCGUCCAGCCCCGCGAAUCCCUUCAACCAGGCCCAGGACAGCAAACCAGGAGCCCGCACAUACUGAGAGGAGCAGGCAGAGAGCAACACAGUGUUUUCCUCUGACUCUUUAUGCAGCAGCGCAGUGCUUGGGGCCAGUUUUUACAAUCGAUUCCACAUCAGUCCAUUUGUUUUGUACAGUCCGUCUGCUGCAGAUCGCAGCACUGAAAACAAAUUGAAUACCUUUUUAUUAUGGUAAAUCAUUAAUUCUGUUUGGGUUUUAGAAUGAAAUGUGGCAUAAUUAAACCCAUUUUAAUUUUUUUCUUCAAAGGUGGGAAUGUUUUUUGCUGAGCUGGCACAUCGCUGCUGAAUAAAUAGACAGGAAAAAUUGCUCUACCACUCCCAUGCUGUGUUCCUGUUUUUACCGGCUACUAAUUUUAGUGGGGAGGUGUUGAAUGGAACUGUUGUGUUUGCAGGAGUUUUGUUAGUUUACUUUUUCUAAGCGAGUCAUUUUUUUUUUUUUUUCCCCAAAUAUGGCACUUACAGACAUUAAGAGUCAUGUCUGUUUCUCUUUGUGUUCUGUAAAUUAUGAAGUACUCAUUGUAUGCAGUAUGAAGUAUUAUUUUCCGGUUAGUAUUUACUGUACGGCACAGCGGUGCUUAAAGAGUUUCAUGCUGUAGAAGCAAUACUUUGUGCCUUUGUAUUUUUGGAGCUAAUAAGAGCUGUGUCCUUCGACUGAGUUGAAGACAUGAUGACCAAAACUAGAGUUACAGUUCAUUUACCUUGAAGUUGAUCUAUGCAAAAUCCAAAUUAAGAGUGCUGUUACAUGUAGCACUGCAACUAUAAAAGAAAUACAUAAAAAAAAAAGAAAUAUGAAGAUUUUUUAUAAUUAUCAAGUGAUCAGUUCUUUGUUUAUUUAAAAAAAAAACAAUGUUCUCACUUCAAACCAUUUUAAAUGUAAUUAAUUCUUACAGUUAUUGACAUAUUAGUGAAGGGCAUCUAGCAUGUCACGGAUGCUGAUUUGUAAUGUAAAUCACAGACCACAUACUGAUAGCUGUUGAUCUGUUCGAAUAUGUACAAUCUUAAGAUAUGAGACAGUUGUUUUCACAUCACAAAUGUUAAAUGAAGGCUAAUACACCUUGAAUUACUCACAGCAGCACUGUCAUUAGUGAACAGUGAAUAACGUUGCACAUCAUUCUUUGAGUUCAGUUUGAUUCAGUUUUAAGUUGUGUGUAAAUUAAAGGAGAGUUACAGCAGUUAGAGCGUAAAGAAAACGGACACUGGCUGCACACUUUACUGAGCGAUUGCAUCAUUUGGAUUUUUUUUUUCAGUCUUUUCUCUUCUGAAAGUUUUGAACUUCCUGUUUUGAAAUCACAAUGAGUAUAUGUGUCAGAAGAGAGAUGUGGUAACUACGUUGGUCACGUUACUGAAAUGAUCACUGCUGUCAUAACUUGAGUCAUGUGGAUAGUAAGAGGCACCUUAUUUGCUUUCAUACCUCAUGUAACUAUGCCUUAAUUCAGUGUAUGUACUGAGCCUAGUUCCACACCCACUCAGCCUAUAAGAAGCCCAUGUUAAAUCACUGCAGUACCACAUAACGUCCACUCACAGCUUUCUGUGGUAACAUGGACAUGAGUUCAGAAUUUGAAGCUUCGGUUUGAUGCACUUUCUCCUGGAGUUAGACGAUAAACAGGCAUGUUGUCGGCUGUGGAUUCAAAGACUGAUGCAGAAAGGCAACGACAUUGUUUUGGUGAUUUCAAAAGAUGAUUUAAAAAGCUACAAUUUUGCACCAGGAGCAGGCAACUCAGAGUUAUUUAGAUGUUGUAGUCCCUUUCAUCCUGUAAGAGACUACAACAUUGUGUAGUUUAAAUAACUUCCGUUGUCUUGAUACCUGUUAAAUACUGGUUUUCUUGCUGUAAAAAAUAUCUAGAAAGAUGUACAAAGAUCUUUUUUUUCUCACGCUGGGCAUAUCUGAAAAUAAGGCAGCCAUUGUGGCUUCAGCUUAAUGAUGCUUGUUCUGAGAAAAAAUGUAUUUGAAAGGCACAAGGUGAGACUAAGUUAAAGGUGCAAAGACUGUUACUACUAAUACUACUACAGAAGUUCUUUUCACUAAGAUUAUAAAAGAAAAGAUUGAAGACUGAAUGUUUUCAUGCUGCAUUCCUGCCUUAAUUUUCCAAAUGUUUUCUAUGACUGAUCAUAUUUGCCACAUUUAGUUUUGGUUUUCCAACAAGAGAGUGUUUGUUGUUGUCGAGCUUUUUCAUUUCAAGGUCGGCACUGAUUUGAAAUGUUAUGCAGCACAAUGUUUUUUGUUUUUUUUCUUAGAAAUAAAGAAUGUAGACUAUU